AAUGUCUCGCUGCUCGCUGUGUGUACUAUCAACGUAAACAAUAUCCUCAAGACGUGACAUCAAUAAUUGUACUCAACAGUUCACUAGAAUCUCUGCAGCCAUGUCUGAGAUUCAGGAAAUGCAAGAUGACGAACGAGAAGCGCUCAUAUCGAUUUAUGAAGGUGACACGGCAUUUAAGCAAAUAAAUCCGACGACAUACAGUUAUAAGUAUGGCGAAGACGAGGACAGAAAAUCAUUAUUGCUGGAACUCUGUUGGGGAGACCAAUAUCCAAACGAAAUACCGACCAUCAAUCUCGAUAUGUUCUACAAUCGAAAUAUCAUUGCAUCAGUGAAGGCAAAGAUAAUCGAAAUACUCAACGAAGAAGCCGCACAAUGGUUGGGAUGUGGCAUGACCUACACAUUGUUCGAGUGCCUUAAAGAAAAAUUUGUCGAUCUGUUGGGUGAGCAGCCCGAUGAGGUGCCAUCCGAUCCGACAAUAGUAAGCGCUAUAGAAACAAUCAAAUUAGGCGACGAUACUCCCGCAGCGAAUGUGAAGGUGAAAAAAGAACAUUUGACAAAGUCACAAAAACGAAGGCAAUGGGAACAAAGCGACCAUAAGGGCGAGAGGCCAAGGGGAUACAAUUGGGUGGAUAUUGUAAAACAUCUGUCGCAGACUGGCGGCAAGGAGGAAGGUGGUACAUUGCCACAGAAUUACGAUGGCUGAAAUGGAAUGGUGGUAAUGCUGCUGCUGUAGGUGUAGGUAGAUAGAUAGUUCCAAUCUUUUGAAAUUGUCACCGUUUGAUGGUAUUAAAUUUGUAUAAACAUACAAGUUGAUGACGGUCUAUU